AUGAUUGGCUCUUUGGAUACAGCCUCCGUACUGAGUUCUUGCUUCCUGCUGACUCAAGGCCAGGACACCAUUGCCACCAAAAUCUCCAUCACUGUGGAACCACUGAAUCCAGUAGCAGGGCAGGAUGUCACCCUCACACCAGAAGUUGUCUUAGAAGAUGUUAAAAGGUACUGCUGGUACCGUGGGGUCACAGCUGAAUCGGAGGAACUGAUCUUCUGUAUAUAUCCGUUUUAUGAGUUGGGAGCGGCCUACACUGGGCGAGAGACAACAGGUCCUGGCUGCUCCCUUCACAUCAGGAAUUUAGUACCAGAGGACUCUGGGAUUUAUACAGUAACACUGGACAAAGGUGGAAUGCUUUCCACUACAGGCCAUGUGGACAUGGAGGUUUCAGAAAUCCUCUCCAGACCAGUUCUGUUGCCUGUAGAAUCGGUGGUGGCAGAGAACGGGAGCAUCACCUUGCACUGUAACACCUCGGACAGCUCCAAUGUCAAAGUCUUCUGGUUCAAGGAUGGGGAGCUCCUCCAAGCUCAACCAGGACUCUCUGAGCAUAACAGAACCCUCACUCUAGCUGGAGCCUCCAAAGAUGUAUGGGGGACCUAUACCUGCGAGGUCAGAAACUCCAUUAGUGACGCCAUGAGCAAUCCCAGCGUAAUAAGCAGUGAGUGA